AUGGCGAACACCAACCAUACAGCCCAUCCGCUUGAGCACAUCAUGGUUCAUCCCGCACUGCGCAAGCCCACGGACCUAGUCCCAGCUGAGCCCUGGAUCUCUACCAUGGCUGCAAUCAACGCUCUGGUAUCAGAUGGCAUGAUCAAGGAUCUGCUGCUCGUCUUCGAGGGUGGAGCAGAAGGAGUCAGGCGCUACAAUGGUUUCGACGAGCUAUGGGACACCAAAGGCGACUGUCAAGUGAGACUGGACACCCAGGAUGUCUGCUUCGAUAGUGAAAUUAUCUUUGGAACUCAAUCCCAGGAUCUCAUCUCUCUCCUAUCAGAAUGUGUUUGCGAGAAGGGUAAACACUACUACUUCAAGGUGCCUCCACUUGGCGAGGACUCUGAAAAAGUCGGCAGAUACAAUCUCGCCAUCCGCAACUUUGUCGCCACCAUCAUCCGCAAACCACUCGUCGGACCUACUCUUGUAUCUGCUCUCGAAGAUUUGCAGAUCGUCGCGAAACACAUCUUCAAGUUGCAGCAUCGCCCAGAGAAAGCCGCAGAAUUCGUCCGGAGCUACGUGGAGGAACUGAACCUUGACAACUUCGCCAACAGACCUGCUGACAUAGGCAAGUUCCUAGCAUGGACAGAAAAAGUCCGCUGGUCAAGAGGGUUUAUUGAGACCUUCGCUCACUGCGUGGGCAUGCUGAACUGCGGAGUCCUCGAUCAUGAAUCUCUCGAUGCUCUGUCACCAACUACACGUGCUCUCCUGGAACACAGUUGUACACACAUGCAUUAUCGCCUCUCGUCUGUGGAGAUACUAAUGGCCGAGUUCGGAAUCGACUCGACCAUCCUCGGAGAGCUCGAAGACCACACUGGGAUGCAAAAGUCGGUCUUAGCUUUCCAGGACUUCCUUCAACAGCAUUAUGCUCAGAUUUACGGAACAUGGCCACCACCUGUACACCAGAAUAGUGGACACUGGUUGACCCGCUCAGUGGCUCAACGCCUGCAGCAAGACUUCGGCGACCUCUACGAUCUGCUUGUUGACAAGCACAUCCGCCAUGGAAUCAUCACUCCCACCCAUGCUAAUCCCUUUGGCCGAAGGGAAGACCGAAGACAGCUUCUGAAAUCAUGGGACCGCCAGAACGGCUUCACUGCUUUACCACACUCUGAUGCCAUGGCUCCGGUUCGCUCUCCCACCAAGUUCAUGGAGCAAGAGGAGGAGAAAGGCGACAGACGAUCUUCCCUCGUCCCCGCCGUUCAGAAGCACCGCAAGAAGGCCCCAGACCUCUACAACAUCUACUCAAGUGCUACUAAUGCCGAGACAUACAUCCCACCUUUGUGCAAAGCCUUCUUGAGCCAUGAAGCGUCAAUUAUGCACUACCAGAUGGACACGCACGAAGGCCGUCUCGGACGCUGGAUCAUCAUCUACUGUACGAUGCAGCUCCUCUCCAAAGUCGCUGUCGACAUACAAGGCCUUCGUUACGGCCAGAGUGUAGAGUAUCAUCUCAGUGCCGACACUGACGGCACCCCACCAUGGAAAACUAGCGACUUCCCUACCACCAUGCGCCCAGCAGGUCCAGAAUAUGCAUGGGCUGCGCUGUUCGCAAGAGCUACUGGCAUGCCACGACGCGUCUCUGGUACUGCAAAGAAGAGGGCAGGCAAGGCCAGAUUUGAGGUCAUCCAUCUACCUGAUGGUCGUGUGAUGCUCAAGGACUCUGAUGGCCAUGUUGUGUUCAGGUGA